UUGUGGCCGCAGCUUGCCUAUAGCUUAUUUAAAAAAAAAAAAAAAAAGGCAAUGUGCAUUAUUGAAUGACAAAGGAAAUGGGGCGGAAAAUUAAAGAAUCUUUCUACUAUGGUGAUGGGGAGGUGGGCACCCUACAGCCGUGAUGUGAAAUCCAAAGAGGGCGGGGAGCUCAUGGCUGUAGGGUUAUUUCUACCCUCCUUUGCUACCCCCUACAAAAACACAUUUCUGCCUAUUUUCUUAGUUCUCCCACCAUCAGGGAGGAGAAUAUUAACUGCUUUAUGCCAUCUGGCUAUUGACAAGACAGGCAAAUUGAGAAAUACAGUUUUUCUUGGAGAAGGAAAAAAAAAAUCCAGAUGCCAGUUUAUUCCCGAGAUAUUGGGACCUGAGUGGUGAACGGACCCGAGUGGUGUCUGGACCUGAGUGGUGAACGUCUUUACAUGUAGAUACAGGAUUGCGGUGCUCCCAAGGAAAUGAAUAAACAACCAGCCAACAGCCUGGGGGCGGCGAUGGCGCUGGGCCACCAUGCUGGCCCGUGCGCGCCCAGGACGAGCCCGGAGCAGGAGCUUCCCCCCGCCGCCGCCGCCGCCGCAGCCGCCGCCGCCGCCGUGGCGCCGACGCCGCGUGUGCCCAGGUCCGCUUCCACCGGCGCCCAAACUUUCCAGUCCCCUGACGCGCGAGCCUGUGAGGCGGAGCGGCAGGGAGUGGGGGCUUGCAAACUCAGUAGCCCGCGGGCGCCUGCGGCCUCGGCAGCUCCGAGGGACUUGAGCGAGGCGCGCGGCGCGCAGGCCGCAGCUCCUUCUGGGGCCGCCGGGCCCGGCAACGCUCUGCAUUGUAAGAUUCCGGCCCUGCGCGGCCCCGAGGGGGAUGCUAACGUGAGUGUGGGCAAGGGCACCCUGGAGCGGAACAAUACCCCGGCCGUGGGCUGGGUGAAUAUGAGCCAGAGCACCGUGGUGCUGGGCACGGAUGGAAUCACGUCCGUGCUCCCGGGCAGCGUGGCCACCGCUGCAGCCCAGGAGGACGAGCAAGGGGAUGAGAAUAAGGCCCGAGGGAACUGGUCCAGCAAACUGGACUUCAUCCUGUCCAUGGUGGGGUACGCAGUGGGGCUGGGCAAUGUCUGGAGGUUUCCCUACCUGGCCUUCCAGAACGGGGGAGGUGCUUUCCUCAUCCCCUACCUGAUGAUGCUGGCUCUGGCUGGAUUACCCAUCUUCUUCCUAGAAGUGUCACUGGGCCAGUUUGCCAGCCAGGGGCCAGUGUCUGUGUGGAAGGCCAUCCCGGCCCUACAAGGCUGUGGCAUCGCAAUGCUGAUCAUCUCCGUCUUAAUAGCCAUAUACUACAAUGUGAUUAUUUGCUACACACUUUUCUACCUGUUUGCCUCCUUUGUGUCUGUGCUGCCCUGGGGCUCCUGCAACAACCCUUGGAACACGCCAGAAUGCAAAGAUAAAACCAAACUUUUAUUAGAUUCCUGUGUCAUCAGCGACCAUCCCAAAAUACAGAUCAAGAACUCCACUUUCUGCAUGACUGCCUAUCCCAACUUGACAAUGGUUAACUUCACCAGCCAGGCCAAUAAGACGUUUGUCAGUGGAAGUGAAGAAUACUUCAAGUACUUUGUGCUGAAGAUUUCUGCUGGAAUUGAAUAUCCUGGGGAGAUCAGGUGGCCACUAGCCUUCUGCCUCUUCCUGGCUUGGGUGAUUGUGUAUGCGUCCCUGGCAAAAGGAAUCAAGACUUCAGGAAAAGUGGUGUACUUCACGGCCACGUUCCCGUACGUCGUGCUUGUGAUCCUCCUCAUCCGAGGAGUCACCCUGCCCGGAGCUGGUGCUGGGAUUUGGUACUUCAUCACACCUAAGUGGGAGAAACUCACGGAUGCCACGGUAUGGAAGGAUGCUGCCACUCAGAUUUUCUUCUCUUUGUCUGCUGCAUGGGGAGGCCUGAUCACUCUCUCUUCUUACAACAAAUUCCACAACAACUGCUACAGGGACACUCUCAUUGUAACCUGCACCAACAGUGCCACGAGCAUCUUUGCCGGGUUUGUCAUCUUCUCGGUUAUUGGCUUCAUGGCCAACGAACGCAAGGUCAACAUUGAGAACGUGGCGGACCAAGGACCAGGCAUCGCAUUUGUGGUUUACCCAGAAGCCUUAACCAGGCUGCCCCUCUCUCCGUUCUGGGCCAUCAUCUUUUUCCUGAUGCUCCUCACUCUUGGACUUGACACUAUGUUUGCCACCAUCGAGACGAUCGUGACCUCCAUCUCAGAUGAGUUCCCCAAGUACCUGCGCACACACAAGCCGGUCUUCACUCUGGGCUGCUGCAUUUGUUUCUUCAUCAUGGGCUUCCCGAUGAUCACUCAGGGUGGAAUUUACAUGUUUCAGCUUGUGGACACGUAUGCCGCGUCCUACGCCCUCGUCAUCAUUGCCAUUUUUGAGCUUGUGGGGAUCUCCUACGUGUACGGCUUGCAAAGAUUCUGUGAAGAUAUAGAAAUGAUGAUUGGAUUCCAGCCAAACAUUUUCUGGAAAGUCUGCUGGGCGUUCGUAACUCCAACCAUUUUAACGUUUAUCCUUUGCUUCAGCUUUUACCAGUGGGAGCCCAUGACCUAUGGCUCUUAUCGCUACCCUAACUGGUCCAUGGUGCUCGGAUGGCUGAUGCUCGCCUGUUCGGUUAUCUGGAUUCCAAUUAUGUUUGUGAUAAAAAUGCAUCUGGCCCCUGGCAGAUUUAUUGAGAGGCUGAAGUUGGUGUGCUCGCCACAGCCGGACUGGGGCCCGUUCUUAGCUCAGCACCGUGGGGAGCGUUACAAGAACAUGAUCGACCCUUUGGGAACCUCUUCCCUGGGACUCAAACUGCCAGUGAAGGAUUUGGAACUGGGUACCCAGUGCUAGUCCAAUGGCAUGGGAUGGCCCGGACUUGAUCCUGUUUUUCCUCUCUGCCUCCCCUAAGGUUUUCCCCGGCUUUCUUCCCAUUUUCUUCUCUCUCCUCACGUCUUGGUUCAUGUCCAUGCAUGAGAAUGGUUAUAUAGAAAAGUAGGACACGGUGUCGCAUGCUGUAGUGAGGAGCUAGACAGACCACUUGAGGCGCUUUGCCUGUGUCCAUGGCGUCAGUUUCCAGAGGGGUUGGAAGCUCAGGCUUUACCCGGCAGGAGUGGAUCAACUAGGUGAGUGGGCACUUUCCGGUGAAGUCACGAGUAGGUACGCGAGACCCAGUCGGGCGGGGGUAUCCACUGUGUGUUGUCCUUGGUGGUGCCAUGGAGGCUUAUAUAAAAUGGCAGAAUUACAAGACUGUUGUUUGGGCUCCAUAGUGUUGCUGAGCUGAGCAAUGUAGUGAUUUCAUUCAGAUGCAGGAAGUUUAGGAGGGUAUAUUUAGAUGGUCGGCAGGGGUCUGAAAAUGGUUUAGGAUAAGACAAACCAGUGGAUGCGG